GAGGCCCAGUAGUCUCUAGUCAUCAAUUCCUUCACGUUCGAAGAACCGUGACUUGAUUUCGAGAUAACGAAAAUACCAUAUUUUCUUCUAGUUACUCCUGCCCUCCGUCAGGAUGAAGACGGAGGUAUUCUGUUUGCUAAUCUGUCUCGGCGUUGUCACCGCUUUAACGAGGAAACAAGAGGCAGCCGAGCAGAAUCGUCGGAAGGUAGCUCUGCCAAGUUUGCAAAAAAAGCCACAGACCGCGGAAGAGGAGCAAGAAGAGUACGAGGACGAAGACGAACUUUCGGAUCAAUGUCCCGAGCCCAAUGGUUACUUUCCUGAUGCGGAACAGUGCGACAAAUACUACGACUGUCGAGACGGCAGACCCACGGAUAAACUAUGCCCAGAUGGUCUGGUGUUCAAUGAUUUCAGUCCGCAGCACGAAAAAUGCGAUCUACCCUUUGGAAUUGAUUGUUCAAAGAGGCCAAAGCUACAAAAACCGCAGCCAUCUCCUCAUUGCCCAAGAAUGCACGGUUACUUCGCUCACGAAGAUCCCAGGAUAUGCAACACAUUCUAUUAUUGCGUCGAGGGGAAGUUUAAUAUGAUCACUUGCCCGGAUGGUCUGGUCUUCUCAGAGAAGACCGGAAUUUGUAACUGGCCCGACGAGGCGCAGAAGAAAGGUUGUGGAUCUAGAGAGCUUUUCAAUUUCACUUGUCCAAAAGUCGACGAUUCCGUCGCUGCCACGCAUCCCAGAUAUCCUGACACCGAGGACUGUCAGUAUUUCUAUGUUUGCGUGAAUGGUGAGAUACCUAGGAGAAGUGGCUGCAAGUUGGGCCAAGCUUUCGACGAACGCACCGGAAAGUGCGAUUGGGCUAGAAAGAUACCCGAAUGCAAAGAGUGGUACAAAGGUCAAUUGACUGAUGAGGAGUUGGAUGCCUUGGAAAAUCCACCGCCGAAACCAAAACCUACUGGUGGUCCUAGCAGAAGAAAAGGCACCAAACCGACCUAGAUUUAAGACUAAACUCAUAUGUAGAUUUUAAUAUUCAUUGACAUAUUAAAUACCCCGCCUGGUGAAUAAAACAUUUCUAA